UAUAUAAUACAUACAUAAUUUCCUGCACAUACAAUAUUCUGUUGAGCUUGACACCUGUUUUUUUGUAUAGGUUAGAGCGAGUAUAAUGUAUUGUUAGCCGUGUUAUUUAAAGAGUUCAUGAAACUCAAUUUCACAUCCGGUCAGCCAAAAAAGUCUCGACAGAGCUGUCAUUCUUCAAAUUGAAUCUGUGGCCUCUGUUCCCGUCAAUUGUGUUUAACACUGCACCUUGAGCACCUCAGGAUUACCGUGUGAACCGAAACAUUUCCCCAACAUGCAACCGGCUCUCGUCGUGAUCUGGCUGGCCGCUCUACAACAAUCCAUUCCGGUUAAUUGUUUCCCUGUACACCUAGACCUGUCGCCGCCGCACAGGACAAUCAAAGGAAUCCUCGCGCGCUCCGAGUCUGUCGAUACAGGACAUUAUUUAUGGAAGGUGAAUUUGAAUGGACAUGUAAAGAAAGCCAUCUUCACAAACUCUCUCGUUGUCCUCCCAAUAAGAACAGAAACAAGUGACUUUGUGUCAAUAUUGGACUUGAAAAGUAAACGUUUCUUAUGUGUCGACGUCGAGGAAAAGUGGUUCAGUUCUAUGAUGUUCAGCAGGAAAGAGUGCCUUUUCCAGCACAGGCGGAUGGAGAACCAUGUUGACGUGUUCUAUUCAUCCAGCAAUGGACUGUUGCUCCUACUGGAAGGGGCUGAGAUCCCUGUGAAAGGGUAUGACUUGUUAAAGAGACACAUGGUUUACAGAAGGAAGAGGAGCCAACAGGAGAACCCAGAUGCAGACUCCAUGGAGGAUCAGGACCUGGCUAUGCAACAGGACCAAGAACGAGCUGGCGCCAUUUCCAAGGAGACCAUCACUUCUUGUGACGACCCUUUGCGGGUGUUGCAUUCCAAUAGCCCAGGCAGUCCUACCAAAUUGGCUGUGCAAAAGGCAGACAAAGUGGCCCAGGGUGGUCUAGCGGUCUAAGCAGACAUCUACGGUGUUGUCAUAGGUUUGAAUCCAACCUACUGCCCUCUUUCCCUACUAUCUUCCCUACUAUCAUCCUCUCUUUAUCUUAGGGGUAGGCAACCUUGUUCCUGGAGUGCUUGCAGGAUUUUGCCCCAACUAGGCAUCACACCAGGCCAAAUGAGCUAAUUGACUAAAUUCAACACACCUGGUCUUCCAAGUUGGUUAUAUCAAAAACAAGUCCUUGCGUCACUCCAGAACCAAGGUUGCCUAGUCCUGCUCUAACUGUUCAAUAAAGUCAGAAAAUAGCUUAAAUAUAUUUUUAAAAUGGAAAAUGCAGAGAAAGAGUGAAGCAUUGGCCAAUGGCUUGACUCGUAAGGCCAGAGAAAUGAGCUUUGAAUUUGAAGCUUGUCUGGAAAAUGUUGAAACUUUUUGCGAGAUAACAUUAAGGGAUAUACAGUAAUGCCAUGCACCAGUGCCUCAAUCCUCAUGAGUUUGUGGUUUUGCAAUCGUAGUCUGGAUGGAGGGGUCACAAUACAACUUGAGAAGGAGCACGUUAGAUUGAAACAAGGAGGUGAAUUAGAAAACUGAUCAGUGAGCAUCAUGAGAAACAGUCUUACAUGCUUAUAUGUUGAGGUAGUGCUUCUUAAGGUCAUUAAUGAGUGGAUGAGAAUGGGUGGAUGAGAAUGGGUGGAUGAGAAUGGGUAGAUGAGACCAUGCGUAUAGUGCAGUGAGAAGCCAACCCUUUGGUUAUGCAAGGGUGUGAUGCACUUUUUCACUGGGACCAGAAAUCGGCCCUGGCAUUUGUAACACACCGGCCCGUUUCUUUCCUCAAGGCCCAGACAGCGACCAAUUUUUUUUUCUCCCCCUUGUGGCCCCCAUUCUUAGCCUGAUGAUGAUAAUUUUGCACAAAAAAAAACAAGUUAGGCAGGCCCAC